AUGGGACAUCACCGCGUAGCCGAGACGAGGCGACAUGGAGCGAUGUCGCGGUCAGAGCAGGCACUGGUUGCCGACAGGGGAGGACCACUGGCCAUUAGCUCCCGGCGCUCAACAAGCGCCCAGGAUGCGGAACACAAAAGAACGCCAAACAAGAAGAGCGAGGUGGGAGUCAUCAACACCGGAAAGGGAGCGCAAGCUCUGCUGCAUCGAGCCGGAAGAGACGCCGACAAAAGACCCUGCCGGACAGGGCACGGUGCAUGGCGAUUCGUCGCUGUCGUUGCCACAAACCCCCUACCAUCCCUCACAGCACCGCCCGGGGGCGGAGCCAUCCCGCCGACGCGUCAAGGUCCUGGCGGGGUCCGAGACUCACCCGGGCAGCCUUGGGAGAGAGGGCCACAAGUCGAGACGCUUGCGGGCGUCGGUUGGCGGCCGAAGAUGGGAAUCGGGAGGGAGGAGGCGGUGCAUGUGUAG